UGGCUGGAGGCCGCAGUGGAGCCGGGGCCUGGGUUAUGGCGGUCGCUGCCGGUCUGUCCCGCCUGUCGGGGUCUCGGUGGCUCGCGGCCUCGGGCUGGAGCUGGUGCCGGAGCCGCCGCGGCUUCAGGAGCCACAGCCCGUGUCUGGCCUUCGCCAAAGAGCUGUUCCUGGGGACAAUCAACCAGAAGGAGGUUUUUCCGUACCCGGAGAUCAGCAAGGAGGAACUGGAGGAGAUAACCCAGCUGGUGGCCCCCGUGGAGAGGUUUUUCAAAGAGGAUGUUGAUUCCAAGAAGAUUGACGCGGAAGCGAAGAUUCCUGCGGAAACAUUGAAGGGGCUCAAAGACCUGGGGCUGUUUGGGCAGCAGAUCCCCGAGGAAUAUGGUGGCCUGGGCCUGUCUAACACCAUGUACGCGAGGCUGGGGGAGGUCAUUUCCUUGGACGCCUCCAUCGCUGUCACCCUGGCUGCACAUCAAGCCAUAGGCCUCAAGGGAAUCCUGAUCGUGGGCACGGAUGAGCAGAAAGCCAAGUACCUGCCGAAGCUAGCGACCGGCGAGCACGUCGCAGCCUUUUGCCUCACAGAACCGGGAAGCGGAAGCGACGCUGCAUCCAUCCAGACCCGGGCAGUGCUGAGCGAGGACGGAAGCCACUUCCUUCUGAACGGAUCAAAGAUCUGGAUAUCUAAUGGUGGGAUUGCAGAAGUCUUUACCGUGUUUGCACGAACGGAAGUGGUUGACAAAGACGGCAAAACGAGCGAUAAGAUCACGGCCUUCGUGGUGGAGAGGCAGUUUGGUGGAGUUACCAACGGGAAGCCCGAGGACAAGCUGGGAAUCCGAGGGUCUAACACGUGUGAGGUGCACUUUGAGGACACCAAAGUGCCGCUAGAAAAUGUCCUGGGAGAAGUUGGGGGCGGAUUUAAGGUGGCCAUGAAGAUCCUAAACAGUGGGCGAUUCAGCAUGGGCAGUGCUUCUGCCGGCAUGAUUAAGCAGCUGAUAGCGAUGACAUCGGAGUACGCCUGCACACGCAAACAGUUUGACAAGAAUCUGAGUGAUUUUGGAAUGAUUCAGGCCAAGUUUGCACUGAUGGCCCAGAAAGCCUAUGUGAUGGAGAGCAUGGCUUACCUGACAGCAGGAAUGCUGGAUCGCCCCGGAGAGCCCGACUGCUCGCUGGAAGCCGCCAUGGUUAAGGUAUUCAGCUCGGAGGGAGCGUGGCUGUGUGUGAGUGAAGCUCUGCAGGUUCUCGGUGGUCUGGGCUACAUGAAGGAGUACCCUUACGAGCGUUACCUGCGGGACGCCAGGAUACUAAUGAUUUUUGAGGGAACAAACGAAAUCCUGCGGAUGUACAUAGCUUUAACAGGAAUGCAACACGCUGGCAAACUGCUGACUGGCAAGAUCAAACAGAUGAAGAAAGGAAACGUGGCGAUAGCGCUUGGGAUCUUGGGGAAGAGAUUGGCCGAUUCUCUACGCACCAAAGUGGACCUGGGGCUGACGGGCAAGGACAGUGUGGUGCACCCCAGCCUGGAGCAAAGUGCCAAAGCACUGGAGGAGAACGUGUAUUACUUUGGAUCGACGGUGGAGAACCUGUUGUACAGAUUCGGCAAGACUGUGGUGGAUGAGCAGUUGGCACUGAAGAGAGUGGCUGACGUCAUCAUUAACAUCUACGCCAUGACCGCGGUGAUCUCGCGAGCGAGUCGCUCCAUCAGCAUCGGCCUCCGCAACCACGACCACGAGGUUUUACUUGCCAACAGCUUCUGCACUGAGGCCCAUUUCCGGAACAAUUAUCUCCUGGCUCAGCUACAGAAAUACGCUGCUGAAAAUACAGACGACGCCAUCAAGAAAAUAGCUCAGCAGGUGCUGGAGAACCGAGCCUAUAUCUGCUCACACCCACUAGAAAGGACAUUCUAGCAGCUCUGCGUCCCAUCACGUUUGAGUGUGGUGGUUCAUGUGCGAGGUGGGAGCUCGAACUCAGAAGCUGAACAGAAACUGUGAAGAGUGAAGUUAAUUGAAAGGCUGAUUUAUCUAAAUUUUUAACAAGGUGAUGGUGUCGUUACUGGUGGGUGGGGAAUGGUAGCGGUGGGGGGGGGUGUGGAGAAGUGGUUCUAAAGUCACAUUGCUAUCCCUUUGUACAUUACAUAAAGUGCUUUUAAUUCCA